AUGUCUUUGGCAGACCGCAUCAAAGCAGCAGCAGCAGGUCAAGGGUACUUGGGGGCCCCUGGGGGCCCCGGGGGCCCCUUCGCUUUGCUGCCCCCCGACUUCACCUUCGGGGGCGCGGGGCUGCAGCACUUGGGGCCCCUGGGGCCCCUGGGGGCCCUGGGGGCCCUGGGGCCCCUGGGGCCCCUGGGGGCCCCCCUGCAGGGGGCCCCCCUGGGGCCCCUGCAGGCGCUGCUGCAGCAGCAGCCCCCCCCCGAGGAGGGGCCCCCCGAGGGGGGCCCCCCCGAGGGGGUAUCUGAGGAGGCCCUGGACGACAGCACUUACGGGGAAGACCUUUUCUGGGGCCCCGGGGGGGCCCCCUUGGGGGCCCCCCCGGGGCCCCCCAUGGGGGCCCCCGAGGGGGGCCCCCAGGGGGCCCCCGAGGAGUGGGGGGGCCCCCUGCUGGCAGCUGGGGCUGAAGAAAGGCGCCUAGCUGAUGAGAAGUACCCUCGGCUUGGGUCUCCCCCAAGGGGGGCCCCCCGGGGCCUGGGCCUGGGGGGGGCCCCCAGCCCAGUACCCUACAACGGGGAGGCCCUCAUGGGGCCCCAGCUGCAGCAGCAGCAGCAGCAGCAGCAGCAGCAGCAGGCGGAGCAGCAGCAGGACGAACUGCAAAGUGUGUACGGCCCGGCGCUGCCAAACGCAGGGAAUGCCCCACUAAAAGAGUACCUGGGGGCCCCCACGGGGGCCCCCAGUGCUGUGGGGGCCCCUGUUUGGGGGGCCCCCCGGUCAGUGCCUGGGAGUGUUGUGGGUUUAGGGUCUUGGGGGGGUGAGUCCCUGGGGCGGGGGCCCCCCCAGGGGGCCCCCCAAGGGGCCCCCCAGGGGGCCCCCCAGGGGGGCCCCCCGGGGGCCCCCCAGGGGUCCCCCCAGAGCCCAGCCCGGGGCCCCUCCCAGGGCGGGGCUGCCGCUUCCCAGGGCCAGGCGCUUCCCCAGGGGGGCCCCCAGGGGCCCCACCAGGGGGGCCCCCAGGGGCCCCACCAGGGGGGCCCCCAGGGGGGCCCCCAGGGGGGCCCCCAGGGGCCCCUGCCGUACGGGCCGAGGGGCCCCAGGGCCCCUCAUGAGUUCUACGCAGAGAGCAAAAGGGCCCCCCAGGUCAGGGGCCUGCGGUGGUCGCCGGACCCGCGGGUGCUGCAGCCGGAGCUGCUGAAGGAGUUGGUGAGGGAAACUGUGCCCCCGGAGCUUUCCAAAGAAAGGGCGCUCUGGAGGGACGCGUACGGCUUCAACAAAGAAGUUAUAGUGACAAGUGCUGCCAGGCGGGGCGGGCGAAUGCGAAUAAUGUUUUUGGACGUUUUGGGCGCAGGAGGCAUAGGCGUGGUUUUGUCGGCAGUGGACCUCUCCAGCAAGCGGCGGAUAGCAGUCAAAGUCUGCAGGCUGCGCAGCCGCAGCAGAAGGGGCCCCCAGUAUGACCAAGACGUGCUGAAGCGGAGAGUGCAGCAGGAGAUUUCGCUGUGGAAAUACGUGCCCCCGGCCCUCGACGUGCAGCAGUGGUUAGGGUUUAGGGUUUAG